CCCGCCGCCGCCUCACCGUGCCGAAUCUGCGGUGGGGCGGGCGGCUACUGCCCGUGCGGAAAGUGCGGCGGCGGGGCGGCAGGCCGGCUUUACCCCGGCCGGGAUUUCAUCAUGCGGUGGGGAGGGCGGCGCGCCGCGCCUCUCCAUGCCGCUGCCGCCCCGUAGCGCCCUGCCCGCCUUGCCGCUGCUGCUCCGCCGCCUGCUCCGCCUCGCCUGCCCGCCCGCCGCCCCGCUCCGCUCCCGGCCGGCCCCGGCCGCGACCCCCAUGGACGGUCCGCAAGCCGAGGCGCUGCUGGCGCCCCUGCGGCAGGCGGUGCGGCUCCAGGGAGAACUGGUAAGGAAGCUGAAGGAAGAGAAAGCUCCUCAGGCAGAUAUAGACAGAGCUGUAGCAGAGCUCAAAGCUCGGAAGAGGGUCCUAGAAGCAAAGGAGCUGGCCUUACAGCCCAAAGAUGACAUUGUGGACAGAGUUAAAAUGGAAGACACCCUGAAAAGGAGGUUUUUCUAUGAUCAAGCCUUUUCUAUUUAUGGAGGUGUCAGUGGUCUGUAUGACUUUGGGCCUGUUGGGUGUGCUUUGAAGAACAACAUCAUCCAGGCGUGGAGACAGCACUUUAUUCAGGAAGAGCAAAUCCUGGAGAUUGACUGUACCAUGCUCACACCAGAGCCGGUUCUGAAGACUUCUGGCCAUGUAGACAAGUUUGCUGACUUCAUGGUGAAAGAUGUGAAAAAUGGGGAAUGUUUUCGUGCUGAUCAUCUCUUAAAAGCUCACCUGCAAAAGCUUAUGUCUGACAAGAAGUGCACGGCAGAAAAAAAGGCAGAGAUGGAAAACGUUCUAACACAGUUGGACAACUAUGGCCAGCAAGAACUUGCAGAUCUCUUUGUGAACUACAAUGUGAAAUCACCUAUCACUGGGAAUGACCUGUCCCCUCCUGUUUCUUUCAAUCUGAUGUUCAAGACCUCCAUUGGGCCUGGAGGAAACAUGCCUGGCUAUCUGAGGCCAGAAACUGCACAGGGAAUAUUCCUCAACUUCAAACGUCUUCUGGAGUUUAACCAAGGCAAACUGCCUUUUGCUGCUGCCCAGAUUGGAAAUUCCUUCAGAAAUGAAAUCUCACCCCGCUCCGGCCUUAUCAGAGUGAGGGAAUUCACCAUGGCGGAAAUUGAGCACUUUGUGGAUCCCAGUGAGAAAAAUCACCCCAAGUUUGAGAAUGUGGCAGAUCUCAACAUCCUGCUCUACUCUUCCAAGGCCCAGGUCAGCGGGCAGUCGGCCCAUGUAAUGCGGCUGGGAGAUGCUGUCCAACAGGGCGUGAUCAAUAACUCCGUUCUCGGUUACUUCAUUGGCAGAAUCUACCUCUUCCUUACAAAGGUUGGUGUAUCCCCAGAGAAGCUGCGCUUCCGACAGCAUAUGGAGAAUGAGAUGGCUCAUUACGCCUGUGACUGCUGGGAUGCAGAGUCCAAAACAUCGUAUGGUUGGAUUGAGAUCGUUGGCUGUGCUGAUCGUUCCUGCUAUGACCUCUCCUGCCAUGCCCGUGCCACCAAAGUUCCUCUUAUAGCUGAGAAGCCUCUCAAAGAACCUAGAACAGUCAACAUUGUUCAGUUUGAGGCAAAUAAGGGAGCCAUUGGCAAAGCUUAUAAGAAGGAUGCAAAGGUGGUGAUGGAGUACCUUUCCGUGUGUGAUGAGUGUUACAUCACUGAGAUGGAGCAGCUGCUCAAUGAGAAAGGGGAAUUCACUGUUGAAACUGAAGGGAAAACUUUUAAAUUAACAAAUGACAUGGUUACUGUGAAGAGAUUUCAGAAGACAUUACAUGUGGAAGAAAUAGUCCCAAAUGUAAUUGAACCCUCAUUUGGUAUUGGGAGGAUCAUGUACACAGUGUUUGAACACACAUUCCGCAUCCGGGAAGGAGACGAGCAGAGAACGUUCUUCAGCUUCCCAGCUGUUGUAGCACCAUUCAAGUGCUCCGUUCUUCCUCUAAGCCAGAAUCAGGAAUUCAUGCCUUUUGUCAAGGAAUUAUCUGAAGCACUCACCAGGAACGGCAUCUCUCACAAGGUGGAUGAUUCCUCUGGAUCCAUCGGCCGGCGCUAUGCCAGGACUGAUGAGAUUGGCGUGGCCUUUGGGAUCACGAUCGACUUUGACACCGUUAACCGGACACCUCACACCGCCACCCUGAGAGACCGCGACUCGAUGCGCCAGAUCCGAGCCGAGAUCUCGGAACUUCCUGCCGUCAUUCGUGACCUGGCCAACGGUUAUCUAACUUGGGCUGACGUUGAGGCAAAGUAUCCACAAUUUGAGGGACAAGAGACUGGUAAAAAGGACACAAUAGAGGAAUAAAGAAAAGGACCUGAAGUAAAAUCCUGUCAAAUGUCCACUUUUUACUGUUCAUGUUAAUAUGAAAUAAACUUAUCAUGUAUUAUUCAAAGCUGCAUUGUUUGUGCACACAGGGACUAUUUGUUUUUUGUUUUUUUCCUCAAUUGCUGCCUGAAUUUAACUUUAAAAAAUGAAAUAAUUGCAGUCCAAAUUAAAGGUGUUAUGAAUAAAAACGCCAUUAUAUA